ACACUCUCUCAAAUGAUCGCCUGUGACACCUCUUCAUCCACACACAGAAUAUUCCACACACCUCCACUCCACAGCGACCAUCUCCUGGCAAACAUACACAGAACACUGCACGUGUCUUAGCUUAAAAUAUAUUGACAGGGAAUGGGUGCAUGAUGUUAUACGGCUCUUUAUACUCGUGGUUUAAAUAAUAACUUAAAUAGUGUAGAUUUAGCUUUCGAGUUUGCUAAAUUCUUGCUCUGAGACUUUGCUUCGAGCGGAAACUUUACUUGUUGCAUAACGCUUGUUUUUAAUGUACUGAUUCCACUGUCUUCACUAAGAGACCGACGUUACGGGGACAUAUGAAUUAAUGUGCGCGCGCGCGUGUCUCUGUGAGUGUGUGUGAAUGUGGUGACAGUGCGCUACCAGCUGCAGCUUCACUAGUGAGGUGCGCAUCACUCCACUUAGUCGAAACACUGGACUCGAAGGAAUCGCGCCUUUUGAUUCACCGUAUUUCAAUACACAAUUUGAAACAUCUGACUGUUAACAAUGACAACUUUUGACUUCUCCGAUGUGGAGGCGUUUCUAGACCGCCACCCGGAACUCUUCGAGAACUACGUGAUCCGUAAGGGCGAGCGCGCAGCUAUGAGUACACGCCUGACGGAGACGCGGCCGUGCGACAGUUCUGCUCCGGAGGAGGAGCGCGAGGAUGCAGACAACGGUAAACGGCGCUCGUCGCACGCGGAGAUGCGGCGUACCUUCGCGCGCUCCAAGGCGAGCGCCACGCACCACACCUACGACGAGCGCGCGAGCGUGGCGGCGCGGGAGUCACAGGCAAGCGUGAGGCGGCGCGCGCUCUUGCGAAAGGCUAGUUCACUGCCGCCCACCACGGCGCACAUUCUGAGCGCGCUGCUGGAGUCGCGCGUGAACGUGCCGUGUUACGCCUCUAGCGCGCUCGACUACAAGUACACGCUCAAAGAGUCGGACGAGCGCGAGUUCUUUCUCGAGCUCGUCAAGGACAUCUCCGGCGAGCUCGACACGACCAACCUGGGGUACAAGAUCCUGGUAAACGUGUGCGUCAUGGUGAACGCAGACCGCUGCUCGCUGUUCCUGGUGGAAGGUCCUGCGCACGAGAGAACGUUAGUGUCCAAGUUUCUCAACGUGCACUCAGGGACAGUGGGGCGACCCUUCUCUAGUGCAAUUCCCUUCGCCGAAGUGCAAGUGCCCUGGGGCAAGGGUAUCAUCGGCUAUGUUGCCGAACACGGCGAGACUGUCAACGUCCCAAACGCUUAUGAGGAUCAUCGGUUUAGUGAUGAGAUUGACAAGCUGACAGGUUAUAAGACUCAGUCAAUCCUGUGCAUGGCUAUCUGUAAUAGUGAUGGAGAGGUGAUCGGAGUGGUGCAGGCCAUCAACAAGAAACCCAGUGGAACUCCCUUCACUGAGGAUGAUGAAAAGGUGUUACAGAUGUACCUACCCUUCUGUGGUAUAUCGAUCUCCAAUGCCAAACUCUUCUCUGAGUCCCGCAAAGAAUACGAUAGGAGCCGGGCUCUUCUGGAGGUGGUGAACGAUCUGUUUGAGGAACAGACAGACCUGGAGAAGAUAGUGAGAAAGAUCAUGCAGCGAGCACUAACCUUGCUGCAGUGUGAGCGCUGCUCUGUACUGCUUCUAGAGGAUAUCCACUCACCUGUGGUAAAGUUUUCAAAGACAUUUGAGCUCAUGUCUCCAUACUGCAAUAUGGAUCAUGACAUAAGCAUGGAGAAAGUGUCCUGUUCUGACUGGCUGAUCAAUAACAGCAUUGCUGAAUUGGUGGCAUCUACAGGCCUGCCUGUUAACAUAAGCGAUGUGUGUCAGGAUCCCCGCUUUGAUUCUGAGGCUGACCAGGCCUCAGGCUUUCACAUCAGGUCAGUGCUGUGUGUCCCCAUUUGGAACAGAACCCAUCAAAUAAUUGGAGUUGCCCAGAUUCUUAAUCGUUUGGACAGGAAGACCUUUAAUGAUGCAGAUCAAAGAUUAUUUGAGGCUUUUGUUAUUUUCUGUGGCCUUGGCAUCAAUAAUACAAUGAUGUACAACCAAGUGAAGAAAGCUUGGGCAAAACAGUCUGUGGCUCUGGACAUGCUAUCUUAUCAUGCUACAUGCUCAAAAGCUGAAGUGGAUAGACUAAAGGCUGCUAAGAUCCCCCUGAGCAGUGAGCUGGGAAUCGACGAGUUCCAUUUCAAUGACUUUUCCCUGGACAAUGAUGCCAUGAUCACCGCCUCUCUGCGCAUGUUUCUGGAGCUUAGUGUUGUGCAAAAAUUUAAGAUGGAUUAUGAGGUGUUGUGCCGCUGGCUGCUCACUGUGAGGAAGAACUACCGUACUGUGGCCUAUCAUAACUGGAGACAUGCUUUUAAUGUCUCUCAGUGUAUGUUCAUCAUGAUAACUACUGCAGGAUUCCAGGAUGUUCUAACAGACACAGAGAUUCUGGCACUGAUGGUUGGAUGUCUGUGCCAUGACCUGGAUCAUCGUGGCACCAACAAUGCUUUUCAAGCCAAGUCAGGAUCGCCACUGGCAUUGCUGUAUGGAACAUCAGCGACUCUUGAACAUCACCACUUCAACCAUGCUGUUAUGAUCCUGCAGAGUGAGGGGCACAAUAUAUUUGCCAAUCUCAGCUCUAAAGAGUACAGCAACAUGAUGCAACUCUUGAAGCAGGCCAUCCUGUCUACAGAUCUCAACUUGUAUUUCCAAAAAAGAACCAAGUUCUUCGAGUAUGUUUUGGCUGGAGACUUCAGCUGGUCAAAUCAGGAGCACCGAGACAUUUUCAGGUCUAUGCUUAUGACUGCAUGUGAUGUGGGUGCUGUGACUCGACCAUGGGAGAUAUCUAAACAGGUUGCAGAGUUGGUGACUAGUGAGUUCUUUGAACAAGGUGACAGGGAGCGAUUUGAGCUGAAGCUCACACCGUCUGUGAGUGCUUUUGCUCUCUAUUGGGCUUUUAAAGCCAUUUUUGAUCGCAAUCGUAAAGAUGAACUUCCUGCACUUCAGCUUGAAUGGAUCGAUAAGAUUUGUAAGCCACUGUAUGAGGCUUUGGUGAAGCUGAAUAGGAAGCUCCAGCCAAUGGUAGAUGGGAUACAUGCCAAUCGAAAAAAAUGGGAGGAACUCUGUUUGUCCUAUCAGCAAGCCUGCCAAGUCUCAGAGACUUCCAAUCCAUGUGCAAAAGUGGAAGAAGAAAAAUCAACUGAAUGUACAGACUCCACCCUUACACAGUCAUGUGAACCUGCAGCAACCAGUCAUAGCAUAGAGUUCACCCACAGGGUGGAGUCAAUCUAGAAGACAGCAACGAAUCAGAAGUCAGUGUUGAUGGCGAAUCAGGGUGAACAGGGGAGGGAGAGUAAAAGAAAAAAGCUUCAGUGCAAAGGCUUUAAGAUUUCAACAGCAUACUAAUUUUGGCUUAUAUAUAAUAAAACAUUAAUAGCCUUGCUAAUAGUCUGUAAACAGUAUAACCUAAUCAAUCUGACCUGUUUCAGAAAAAACAAAGAAGGAUACGAACAUACUGCAUAUUAUACUGUGCUGAGCUUUGGGGAAGGGAAUGGUUACUAUUGCACUGAAAUGAAAGAAGACAAUGAGCAACUUCUUAAGGUUAAUACUGUGAUGGCAUGGUUAUACCAUGAUAAUUGGUCAUAAGAUCAUAUUACUGCAGAUCAACAUUUAAUUCACUGUGAAUUUAAAGAACUGUGAUAUUUAGCACUCACUGACUUUUUGUUCAUGACUACAAACUUAUUCUAUGUAGAGGUCUGCUGUUUAUUCAGACAAAUGCCUUUUACCGAGUGACACUAAACAUGGACUUUAGUGAAAUUCAUUCAUGACGCCUCAUUACUUUGGUUGAUUGAUUUAUUGUUCAGUUUCAGCCAGUGUAGUAGUUGACACAUUGAUACGAGAGUUUAAAUUAACUACAUCCUAGCUUUAAUGAAUAUAUAAAUUGUUAAACACUGUGUUUGCUUUUAGUGUUGUUUUAUUACUAAGUUAUUUAUGGCUUUCUUUUAGUAAUAUAGACAUUCAUAAGUACCAGAUGGCUUAUGCAGUGGUUGUUUGAUUUUGACGUAUAUAAGAUGACAAAUAUCUUAUAUGAAGGACUGGUGACAGAAUGAAUCAUUCUCACCAAAGUAAUGUGUCAAUUUACAGGCUACACAUAUGAAUCAGUUUGUUUGCAUGUGAUUAUCAGCAUGUAAUGUUUUCAUUUCACCAAACGACACCUGCAAAGUUCCUUUCUGAACUGCACUUAAACUGCCACAACAUUUGUACCAGCACUGUGAAUGCAAAUGAAAUCCACAGUAUUGCAUGCUGCAGUCUGUUGCUUUGAAAUAGCUUCCUGCUUUUAAUGGGGGUGUAAACCUUACAGAUGUACUGCAGUUUGUUGCUAAAGUUACCAGCAUGCAUACUGUUGUGCUCCAAGCAUUGUCUGCCUUACUGAAAAAUUGAUGAUUGUGUUAUUAUUUUUGCACUUAUAUGAUUCUCUAAUGUUUAGAAAAAAGACAAGUUUUGUAAAUAAAAUUUGCUGUAAUGCUAAAUUCUUUGUUUUUAUUUAAUCUGAUUUAUGAUUUAUGAACACAUUUUCUGGAUCCGUAUAUGGCAGUCAAUAGUAAUAGUAUGACCAAUACAGUAUAAUGAUACAUGUAAACAGAUAUUAUAUUAUAUUAUAUUAUAUUAUAUUAUAUUA